AUGCCUGUUCGAUCGCGGUGGACCAUACCGGUGCCUGAAGAGUCCGUGCAGAAAUGGGUCUUUGGCUCGUCUUUUGACGCACUGCCUGAUAUUAAGGCAUACAUUGAUGCCGACCACCCUGACACACGAUAUCUCAGUCUAUCUCAUUUCCGCCAUACUGCUAAGAGGAUUGCGCUGGGCCUUCAAAAAGCCGGCCUGAGCCCCGGAGACCGAGCACUCGUCUUUGCCAGCAAUAGCAUCCAAUACCCUGCUUUAUUCAUGGGAAUUAUCAUGGCCGGUGGCAUCUUUACUGGCGCCAGCCCUGGCUUUGGAGCCGCAGAGUUGGCCUACCAGCUUAAAGACAGCGGCGCACGAUUUAUUAUUGCUCAACAAAGCAGCCUCACAGUUGCUGUCGAAGCCGCAUCGAAGGUCGGCAUUACCACCGAUCAUUUAUAUUCCUUCGAUGGUUCCAUCGCACCUGCUGGUGAGAGCAAAUCAAAUGGCAUCACGCAUUGGUCAGCCCUUCUGUCUGACACAGCAGAAGCCGAGCGAUUUGGAUGGGUAGAACCGGUAAACCCACGCGAAACAACCUGCUGCCUCAACUACAGCUCUGGGACGACAGGACUACCGAAAGGCGUCGAAAUCACACAUCACGCAUAUAUUGCGAAUGGAGAGGCACAUGUUCAUAUGGAGAUGAGAAAAAGCCUUGCGAAGGUGAAGCCAGCAACAGGAAUCAAGACUAGCAUCUGCUUCAUGCCCAUGUACCAUGCUGCAGGACAGACUGUAUUUGCUGUUAACAACCCCAAGAUGCGUGUUUCGACAUAUAUCAUGCCUUUCUAUGACUUGGAAAAGUUUCUCAAACACGUCGAGGAGUGGAAGGUAUCUUCUCUCGGUCUUGUUCCUCAGGUUGUUUUGCAGUUGGCAAAGAGUCCUCUCGUUGCCAGGUACAAUCUUGAUAGCGUUGAUGACGUUGUCUGCGGCACUGCCCCAUUGGCACCAGAGAUUUCUAGAGAGUUUGAGCAACGGAUUUGGCCUGGAGGUGAUAAUUUCGUACGCCAAGGCUGGGGAAUGAGCGAGCUUACGUGCGCCGGCGCGCUCUGGAGCUACGAUGAUGACGUUAGAACGGCAUCAGUCGGAGAGCUCGUCCCAAAUGCAAGCCUGAGGAUGCGGAACUCUGAUGGCGAAGUCACCGAGCCGAACAAGCCAGGCGAAAUAUGGUUCUCGGGACCUACCGUAAUGAAAGGCUAUUGGCGUAACUCGAAAGCUACCGAGGAGGCGGUUGUGGAAGAGAACGGGGAAAGAUGGCUUAGAACGGGCGAUGUCGCGUACGUCGACAAGUACGGGCCAGGAGCAAAGAUCUUUAUUGUCGACCGCCUGAAGGAGCUUAUCAAAGUGCGCGGCUUCCAGGUCUCACCUUCCGAGCUAGAGGGUGUUCUGCUUGAUCGAGACGAUAUUGUUGAUGCGGGUGUCGUCGGGAUCAACAUUGAGGGCGGAGAGGCGCCGCGGGCGUAUAUCGUUAGGAGGCCGGGAUCGGAUGUGACGGAGAAAGAGAUCAUGGACUGGAUGAAAAAAUCGGUGGCGAAUUACAAGCACCUCAGGGGCGGUGUUGUUUUCGUGGAUAGCAUCCCCCGAUCCCAGGUUAGUGGAACACAAGAUCAAGCUCCUCGUACGGAGGUACUUGCUAACAAGUGA